UUGGGAAGGAAGCACACUGCAAUUCAAACCUCAACUUAAUUUUCAAAUCUGCAAAGACAAAAAAAGUGAAAUAAUGGAACGGGUUAUACUCUUUAUAUCAACAUCCCAGCUAAUCCUGACAGACAGAUGCCAUUUGGCUCCCAUUGCGUUGCGUGUAAACAAAGCUUAGAUAGUGACCUUGACCCGACCUAGUUUCGCUUUACAACAUGGCCGAUAAGACUGAGGGAUGACAGUUGCUCCAUUUAUUUAAAAUAGUGAGGUAGACAUAGACAUAGGGGAGGAUACUAGCAUGUUUUUUAAGGCGACACAGAGAAUAUGCGGGCGUCAAAACUACUUUUGGGGAUUUUUUUUGUGAGAAAAUAACAAAGGGUGACUGUUGCUCAUCAUCACAAGUGUCGAUAAAGACAGUGCUGUUUUCAAGGAAGUAAUAGUGAAAUAAUUAAUACACUUCACAUGCUACCAGCACAACAAGAUGUCUGACCAUGUCUUAGCCAAUCAGAUCUCAGCAGACCACCUGACCUGCAGUAUCUGUCUGGGGCGUUACUGUCAACCCAAGGCACUACCUUGCCUUCACACCUUCUGCCUACAGUGCCUCCAAGAUCACAUCACAGCCACUGGCCGAUCUGGCGUCUUUGAAUGUCCAAACUGCCGCAAACAGACCAUAGCCAUUAGAGGCGGAGCAUCCUGUUUCCCAGACAACCAUAUAAUAAACAGUCUGCAACACACUGUAGGUGGCAGCACCUCUCCUGAGCCUUCAGCACCACCUAGUGAGGAGGUUGAUGAAGAGGACAAUGUGGGGUCUCCAGUGAGGACACCACCAGGUUCAGCAGACGUCCCAGUCAUACAAUGGCCUCCACCACCCCCUCGUCCCCCACAAGCCCCUGUCCCUUCUGUACCAUCCCCUACCCAUUCUUCAAAUCACCCAACAAGUACACCCACUCCUCCCCCUCCCCCACCACCCCCUAGGCCUGCACACCCUCCCCUCGCACCCACCACCCCCAGACCAGCUAACUCACCCCACACACCAACCAACACAACCCCCCAAAGAGCACCCCCAACUCCACCCGCUGUACCACAAAGAACCACCUCCCCAGGGUCGCAGGGUCGACUGUGCACAGGAUAUCGCCUUCUCAGGCCCACUGGUGUCACCAUUCUCAACACUGGAGACAUUGUGGUGUCAGACAGCGGUGACAACAAAAUCGUCACCUUUGCUCACGGUGGUCAAUACCGCUCCCAUUUUCAGUGCGACUGCGAGGUAAAAGAUAUUGCAACCAUGCCUGAUGAUACUCUGAUUGUUGCUGUUAAUAAGGCGGGAUCUGCCAUUGCACGGGUUUAUUCCCACGAUGGCCGUGUGUUAAAAGACUUUGGGAAUCAGUAUUACUAUGAAGAGCCUCAUGGGAUAACGGUCAGUCACCAAACUGACCAGUUUAUAGUGACUAAUGUGGUACGCAGCUGCAUCUAUCUUUUCAAUAUGGCGGGCAAGCUGGCACAGCAAUUCGGCAGUAAGGGUCACAGCACCACUGGGUUCUCCCCAUAUUACUGUGCCAUAAACGGGAAAGGAAAUAAAAUUCAUGUGUCUAACACUGAUGCCCAUAAUGUCAAAGUUUUUGACACACUGGGUAAUUUAAAGCACAUGUUUGGGGAGGAAGGGAAUAAACCUGGACAGCUCAAAUCACCCCAGGGGAUCUGUUUGGACAACAGGGACAACAUCAUAGUUGCCGAUUCUGGGAAUUAUCGCAUACAACAAUUCGACCAUCAAGGCAAAUUCAAGAAGGUGUUAAUACGGGAUACCAGGCAGCAGGAUGGAGGUUUGAAUGGAAAACCAUGUGGCUUGGCUUUGUCCCCGAGACUUAAUAUUUUGGCAGUGACCAUGCAGGGGCCGUCGCAAGGUGGCGUGAUUCUGUACCCAUACAGGGGGAAUUCUGGGAAGGUCAAUCCUGUUACUGGGAGUCCUCAGUCAGGGGCUUGUAAUGUUUCAUAGCAGCAAACAAGAACAUUAACAUCUAUGAAGAUUUAAAGGCAUAUUUAAAAAAAAAAAAAAACCUUAUUGUGUGUAUUAAGGCAAAAGAGAGGGCAACAGCAAAAAGGAUAAGACUACAAACCACGAAGUUACUGAAGUGGCCUUUUUUUCUGAGGCUUCACCAAAGACAUAAGUGAUAUUAUUUUAAUAUUACUUUUUUAAAGCCUUAUGGUGUCAUGAAGUACUCAUGCAAAUGAGAAAGGAAUAUUGCCAGGCCCAUGCAUUAUUCAGAGGGUAUAGAGAGACUUGUAGUUAGAUUUUGAGUUAAUAAUUCAUGAUGCUGUCUGUCCUUCCAUGUUAUGCUGUAUCUCAGGAAAAGUGUUUUGUGUAAUUUUUUAAACAUUU